AGUUGUGUACGUGAUUAAAGUUCGUAAGCAGUUUGUUUCUUGACUCCACACCAUAUCGUAAUAAAAUGUCACGCUUCCAACCUUACCUAACUGAAGCUCAAGAGAAUGACCUACGCCGAAUUGCUCAAGCUAUUUGUGCUCCUGGCAAAGGAAUUCUAGCAGCUGACGAAAGCACAGCCACAAUGGGCAAAAGACUUCAACAGAUCGGCGUUGAAAAUAACGAAGAAAAUCGUCGUCUGUACCGCCAGCUGCUUUUUAGUGCUGAUCACAAACUGGCCGAAAAUAUCUCUGGAGUAAUAUUAUUCGAAGAGACACUUCAUCAAAAGUCAGACGAUGGAAAGACUCUUCCAACUCUACUAGCUGAACGAAAUAUCAUACCAGGAAUAAAGGUUGAUAAAGGUGUUGUUCCACUUGCAGGCACAGACAAUGAGACAACAACUCAGGGUCUUGAUGAUCUUGCUUCACGCUGUGCUGAAUAUUGGAGACUUGGAUGCCGCUUCGCUAAGUGGCGUUGUGUUUUGAAGAUCUCUUCACACACACCUUCUUAUCUAGCUAUGCUCGAAAAUGCUAAUGUACUUGCACGUUACGCUUCCAUCUGUCAGCAGAAUGGUUUGGUACCGAUUGUUGAACCUGAGGUGCUUCCUGAUGGUGAUCAUGAUUUACUAACUGCUCAGAGAGUAACAGAACAAGUUUUGGCAUUCGUGUACAAGGCUUUGGCCGACCAUCAUGUUUACUUAGAAGGAACGCUUUUAAAACCCAAUAUGGUUACCGCUGGACAGGCCUGCAAAAAAGCUUACACACCACAAGAAAAUGCUUUAGCUACUGUGCGAGCUCUUCAGCGCACAGUCCCUCCAGCUGUUCCAGGUAUCACAUUCUUGUCCGGAGGUCAAUCAGAAUUGGACGCUACUAAAAAUCUGAACGAAAUCAACAAGAUUCCGGGACCAAAGCCAUGGGCACUCACUUUUAGUUUUGGUCGUGCUCUGCAGGCUUCAGUCUUAGCCACAUGGAAGGGAAAGAAAGAAAAUGUUCAUGCGGCUCAGGAAGAGCUAUUGAAAUUGGCCAAAGUAAAUAUAUGAGUUUACUUUUGCAUCUGUUUACAUUGGUUUUAAUAAAAUUGUUCGGUUUCGUUCCGCAUUUAAAUUUAUUUACCCUUUUAAAAGAUAGAAGAAACGCUCAAGUCCUAGAGCUACCAACACAUAUAAAUGUUGUCGGGAGUUGAUAUAGAAUUUCAUCAACAUUUUUAAUACCCCUUUCAAUUACGUAACUAGGUGAAUUAUUCAACGUUAACUGCCAAUUUUUUUUGAGGUCGAUAACUUUUUUUGUGGUCUUUAAAACAGGAUACAGGAAAUGCUAUUCUACAAGAGCGCAAAUAAUGCAGAUGACUUCUAAGGGAUUUUUCAUUUGUUAUUACAAUAUUUAAAUACUAACAGACGCCUUCAUAUUUUAACCCUUUUAUUUCUUAUAGAAAAUAAUCCAAAUAAACACGCUUUGUAAAAUAUUCGUUACAAGACAUUUAAGCUUUUUGUAGGUGUGUUUAACAUAUAAUACUUCAAUAUUUUUACCUAUGUUGAAUACCUUAACUAAUAUACGAUUAUCUCAAUCUUUUAGGCAAAUGGCGCUGCUGCUGUUGGCAAAUUUGAAGGAAAUAUGGGAACUACUUUGGGAGACAAAUCAUUGUUCGUUGCUAAUCAUGCUUAUUAAACCACUACAUCAUCCAAAUGUCAUCUAAUUUGAAGCCCCUCGAUAUUUAGCACAACUAGUCGACGUCAUAACUAACUGACUAACAUUUUUAAUAUGAUUUAAGAUUAAACCAACUUUCAGAUCAAUUCUGUUUUAUUUUUAUUUUUGUUCUUAAAUACCGCCAUACAUUACUUUUCUUAAAAACAACAAUAUUUACUGUUGUACUUCAUAGUAUUAGUUGGUUAAUGAGGUCAUAAUAACCAAGUAAAUAUACAUUCUCCCUAAAAAUGACUUUUUCAGUUAUCGAGUGUCUGUAGGAUUUACUUGGAUACAGGAAGUCUGACUGAGACAAUUCAAAAAGAAUAUGGGUUAAUUUAUGUGAUCUAAAAUUCAUGUUUUAUUGGGUCAAUGUCAUGUUCCAUUUGGGACUAGUUAGCUUGAUUUAUCUACUUCCCAGUACUGAUGUUCAUACAAAGACUCAAACCUCAUACCUUUUAAUUCAAACGUCAACAUGUUAUCCGACGAAUUAGUGAGUUCAUUUAACCAAUAGCUUAGAACCGCAAACCCUUAAUAAUGCUUAAAUACUAUUUCUAGCAUAACCAUAUUCAAUAUUAAUGUAGUUCUCACAGAUUGUUUAAAUGAUCCCAGUUGUGUAGAACGUGAUCUAUCUUCAGUGUUGUGUAUAUAUUUUGAAGAAUAAGUGAAAUAAUGACACUAAAGCAUUGAUAAUCCUGUGGAUAAUUUAUUUUUUCAUUUAGUAAGUCUGUGGUUCAUUAUCUAGUUUAAGUUAGAUAUCUCUUGAGGAUUUUUCUGAUUUAGCACCUCAUUACUCAUGAAAAUGUACCAUUAUUGUUCCUUAACAAACUAUCCGACAAUUGAUCAAUCAUCAGCAGUGUACAAUUUGGAACAUAUGCGCAUCGAUUAAUGUUACUACACUAUAUCAGCAUAGUAGAGGCAGAACACAAGAUUAGGCAUGGACAGCAUGGCACCAGAAGAAAGGAUAGGUUCAGAAAAUACAAAGUAUAAGAUAGUGCCAAAAAAUGUGGUAGAAGGGAAGGGAAAGUGUGAAAGCAUCUGCGCUAUUGAGUUCGAUUAAUAACUGAGUUACCCGACGUCUUCAAACAUAGGUUGUGGUUAUUGUGCUAACCAGAACUUGAUAUUAAGUACCUGUUAACUCAGCUUACUCUAGCAGUCAAUGAAUUCAUGAACCGAUACUUCGUUUGACCACUCAGCUUUCUUUUAACCUGCGAUCAGUCAGAAUAUGUAAGAUCAAAUAAAUAACUCAACUAACUUACUGAAGACAUUUAAACAUUGAUUAGUUUUAGUAUUUGUUGUGAACACCAGAAGAGUUAGUCCAUAAAUCACUAAUAUUCAGGAAGAUGUUUCAAACAUUUUGCGUGGAUUUUACUCUAAAUUAUUCAGUUGUAAAGCCGACAGUACGCCAAAUAUGAUACAUUAAACUCUGAAAACAUUGCUGAUAACUCCACGCAAAACUAUCCAAUGGAUCACUUGAUGUAUAUCUGGUGUAUAACACAAACAAGUUACAAUUUUCACUUGGUUGAGUUUAGCAAGAGAUAAACUUCUUAUUGACCGAAGUGAUUGGUAUAAAAUUAUGAGAUACGUGUCGUAAUUGAACAGCUAGAAACGUUCAAAACAUUCUGUUUUUUAAU